AUGAUAACUGUGAAGGAGGUACACCCUGAUGGGGAGAUCGUGCGGCAGCUGGACGAGAUAGUGAUGGUCAAGUACGUUCGAAGGGAGAUCAGGACUCUCACGGAUGAGGAGCGAGUCGAGCUGUUGGAUGCGAUGCACCAGCUUUGGGCAGUACGAGUACACGGUGGCAAGGGGAUCGAGCUGUACGGGGACGAUUAUGCGGACAUCUCCUCCAUCAGCCGCCUGCACUUCAAGGCGGCACAAAACAAGAGCUGCGACCACUUCCACGAUGGCCUCGGGUUCUUGACCAGCCACUCCAUGCUCACGAACACGUUUGAGUACAGCCUGCAGCGUGUGAACCCCAAGUUGACCGUUCCGUACUGGGACUUCACCAUCGAGUACCAUGAGGCGGAAAUUGCUGGCGAUGACGACGACAUCACGAUCAACUCGCCGCUUUUCCAAGAGUCUUGGUUCGGCACGGCGGAUCCUGUCGACAACGUGGUGAAGGAUGGCCGUUGGGCACGCACCGAGAUCCCGGCGAUGGACCCCGGCAGUCCUGGAGAGUUGAUCCCGGACGUGUACGGCCUCCUCCGCUCUCGCUGGAUCGUCAACUCGUCACCGUACCUGACACGGGGACUGGGAAAGUUGUGCGACGGGUCCGUUGUCGACAUGUACGGUUGGCCGUCAUGCGAGGAACACCACAACUUGGUGAUGGAUUACGACGACUUCUACUCGUGGGUGUCCAAGAGCAUGUAUUCCCCUCACGCGCCGGUGCACACCUGGAUCGGGGGGGUGCUCAACUGCGAGGACACCAUCAGCUACAUCAGCAGCCUCGUUGGGGAGAAGAACGCCAACUCGCUCUCGCUGAACACGUUCGACCAGCGUAAAAGCCUGUGGCGUGACGACUUCUUCGCGUGUGAGGGCUCCGCCGCCGUAGGCGCCCCAGCGGACGAACUCCUUUCGUCCGGUAAAUGCGGGUGCCUGGGCUACGACCUCAGCCAGGGAGACGACUGGAAGACCAUCUACACCAACUCCACGCUGGAUUUCGACGACGUCAUCGGCGACUACGACGACAAGACCAAGCGCCAGGUGGUCGCGGCCGUGUGUGCCUCCACCAUUUACGACGGCGACCACUUGCAUGCGGGCUCCUCCCUCGACCCCACUUUUUGGCCGAUGCACCCCACGAUGGAACGCCUCUUCAUGUUCUCGUCGCUGACGGGACAACUGACCGACUUCUACUGGCCGGACUCCGAGUUUUCCUACUCCGACUCGGACGGCAACACCGUCGUCGAGACGACCAGCAAAUACGGCGACACUUGUCACGGCCACAGCGGGAGCGACGUGUUCCCCUUUGGCCUUCUCGAGGACGACGACGCCGGCUUCAAGAUCAAGACCGGCAUGCUGGGAAACGAAGAGACUGGCAACAAACUCACGAAUCGGGAGGUCCUAGCAGUCCUGGAUGCCCGGUACAACAUGCUGCCGUACGUGUACGACGACUUCAGGUGGGACCACUGCCUGCAAGACGGCAUCGACUUCUAUGACGCCUGGGAUGCUUCGACGGCGUCGAAUGACGGCAGGAAGGGUUAGAAGCCUAGCGGCACCGGCGCAAAGCCGACCAAGAACAAGACGGCCUUCAUUCCAAGUACAGUAGUGUAGUACGCAACUCGCGAAGUGCCAUCUAGGGGUGGUGGCGGAUUUGAGGAAAUCUUGACGGCUUGGUCGCUUUCCGUGGUGCUUUUGAGGGCGUAGGUUUGUAGACCGGGCAUCAUCUCUUGACCCUUUAGGAAAUGAGGUUCUAUUGCUGUCGGUUGUCGCCGGUGUUCUCGCGAAGGACGGCGUGUGUGUCUCUUGGUGUCUUGAUAUCAGGCCAGUUCAAUUUUGACGUUGAUGAGGGCUUGAUGUUGGCGGGAGCGAGAAACACAAACACCUGGUAUUUGGUGUAGGUUAUUCCAACGCGUCUAGUCUUCGUUCCUGCAGGGGUACAUGUUCUAGCGAGAGCAUCCUUGCAUUGGCGUUUUUCGUGCAUGCCUCGCGCUCAAAGCGGCUGGCCGAGAGAAGGUGGUGCAAUACUUCUAAGUCUUGUUCGCGCGAAAACCAAAGCCUUGGAAAACACUUGUCUCGUGGUGGCAAUUUAGUUGCAUUUGACUUCAUUCAUUCCGGGUCGUCUUCGUUUCAUCUCUAGCCCAUACAGUUCUUCUUCAAGCUCUCCCUAGUUGAGCAUAGUCUAGGUGGCUAUGACAGUGGAUGCUUGUGCUGUGGGUAUAGUGAUGGUUAUUGUUCGUUCUCGGAAAGCAAGAUUCAGUUUUCUGCGUUUGUGUAUGUACCCGCCAGAGCAAAAUGUAGACAUGCAUGACGUCGUGGGGGACAUGCUGUUCUGAGCUGUCCAAUGUGUACUCUCGUGAGUGGUUCUAGGCAGGGUGCUAGUCUGUCAGUCCUCGUCAUCGCGUUGUGGUUGCAAUUGUUCUGUCGCCGCAUGUCAGGCUCGGCCUCUUUCAGGUUGGAUGCGCAUGAGGUUUUCUGCGGCUUGAGUUCUUGGUGCCCACGGGCUGUUCGUUCUGUGUCAACAUGUCAUGAGAGCUGUCCACCAUUCGUGGUUCUAUUUGUACUGCGCCAAGUGUGGGUGUGUGAGGCCUGCAGCAUUCGUGUGUGCAUGUGUUUAUCAAUCGUCGGCCGUGCCAACCGGUCGACCAAUGAUUGAAUGUUAGUCUCAGUGCUGCUGAAACUGAUAGUGCUUCCAAAGGUCUUGGUCUCCCGUGAGGCGGCGUCAUCGGAGAGGCUGAUAGAUAUACUUGUAGCAAUGCCAAGUGGUUGUAGGAUUGUGUGGUACGUGGAAUGUAUUUCCAGGGUGUGCAAGGUACCCCUUGUUGUAUACUGCGUCGCCCCCUUAUUGAUGGUGCGUGC